AUGUCGGAACGCAAAUUCAAAGAUCUGGCGGUAGUCAAUGUCGGACGCUGUAGACGACGAGUGUAUUCAUCCAUUCCGGGCACUUCUCCAAGGGGUGGGAGUCUCUGGUCUGUCAAGACGAGCGCAGUGAGAUUCCGAGAAUCAACGCCAUAUGCUCGACAACCGCUUCUAUUUCUCAUCCCCACGCCUGCGUUUCACUAUCAUUUCACAGUGUUCACAAGACAUGUUCACCCCGCGGAGUGGCUUCUUACACAAGUAACAGGCCAUGUCCACAGUCCAGAGUCACGGAGUUUGCUAGUCCAAAUCCACGCUCAUGACCCGUCGGAAGCCGGUCUACAAAAUAAGCAGGAGAGAAGCAAGCAACGCUCUCGUUCUAUAUCGCACAUCGAUGACAGAACGCCAGAAUCGAACGCGCGAAUGAGUGUAUGGAAUAGACAAGAUAAAGUUGUUCCUGGCAAGGAAGAACGCUGCUGUUCUUCGAGGAGGAUGGCCAUGUCAAGAAAGAACGCAGGCUACAUCACUGUCACCCUUAGCCUUUACGUCCGUCUCUUCCUGACUGACAUCAUUGCUCUGCCCGUCACGCUCUUGCCUCCGCAUCUUCUUCUCCUCGUCCUCCGUGCUGCGUUAUAUAUCGACGAUCCUGGUGACUUAGAACUUCGGACACCAAGAUAA